AUGGUGUUUUUCAAGGGGAUUGCGGCUGCGGCCUGCGCUGCUUCUGCGCUUGCUGCUGAUAUCGUUGUGCAUCAGUCUGGUGGUAACGUGACUGGCGCGUUCGGACAUCCAUUUGGCUAUGGUUUCCUCCACGAGGAUAUCAACAACUCUGGUGAUGGCGGUAUCUACGCAGAAUUGAUCCAGAACCGUGCCUUCCAGUACAGCCAAAACUACAGUGCCUCUUUGGAUCACUACUUCCCCGUCAACAAUGCUGUUCUAAGUCUCAAAUACUUAGACCAGCCAUUGUCUGAGCAAUUGAAUCUGUCUAUGCGCGUGUCAGCUGGCAACAGCACCGGCAAGAUUGGUUUCAAGAAUGAGGGAUACUGGGGCAUGGACGUCCGGCCUCAAACCUACACCGGAUCCUUCUGGGUUAAGGGUGCAUACAACGGAUCAUUCACCGCGUCUCUGGACUCAAACUUGACAACCGACUGCUUCGCAUCCGUCGAAGUGCCCUCCAAAUCUGUGGACAACGAUUGGACCGAGCACACCUUUGAGCUCGUCCCCGACAGGGCUGCACCAAACACCAACAACACCCUCACAAUUACAUUCGACGCUGCUGCUGCCAGCGCACUAGACUUCAACCUCAUCUCUCUCUUCCCUCCCACAUACAAGAACCGCAAGAAUGGACUCCGCAUUGACAUUGCCGAGGCCCUCGCUGACCUGAACCCUCACUUUCUCCGAUUCCCGGGCGGUAACAUGCUCGAGGGUCUCAGGAACGAUUCUUGGUGGGACUGGAAGAACACAAUUGGUCCCCUGAGAAACCGCCCCGGCUUCCAGGGUGUCUGGAGUUACCAACAGACCAACGGUCUUGGUUUGAUGGAGUACCUUGAGUGGGCCGAGGACAUGGAGCUUGAGAUUGUCCUGGCUGUCUGGGGCGGUCUUGCUCUUGACGGCGGUGUCACACCCCAGGCGAACCUAACUGCCUACGUCGAAGACGCCCUCAACGAGAUUGAAUUCGUUUGCGGUCCUGCAAACUCCACUUGGGGUGCGCGUCGUGCUGCUCUCGGUCACCCUGAGCCCUUUGAGCUCAACUACGUCGAGAUCGGCAAUGAGGAUUGGCUCGCUGGUUUCCCCGGCGGCUGGGACUCGUACCGCGCAUACCGUUUCCCCAUGUUCUACAACGCCAUCCGCAAGGCCUACCCACAUAUUACGGUCAUUUCUUCCGCUGCUUCCAGCGACCCAGGUGGUGAUGCGCCAAUCAGUGGUCCUGACCCCAACAACGGACAGAUCUUACCUGCCGAUGCUCUUGGUGACUACCAUCCAUACCGUGAGCCUGACGACUUAGUCAGUGAAUUCAACCGCUUCGACAACGACCAUGGUCACAUUGUUGGUGAAGUCGCAGCAGUUCAUCCCAACGGCGGUACAGGCUGGGACGGCAAGCUAAUGCCCUUCCCGUGGUGGAUUGGUGCCGUUGGUGAAGCCGUUUCCCUCAUCGGAUACGAGCGCAACUCCGACCGUGUUCCUGGUACUUUCUACGCCCCAGUCUUGAAGAACAACAACCGCUGGCAAUGGUCCAUCACUUUGAUGCAAUUUGACGCCGACCCGAAGCACACCACCAAGGCCGUCACAUGGUACUGCUGGAGUCUUUUCGCUCACCACCCCAUUACGCACACAGUUCCUACCGAGUCUGCAUCCGCCUACGGACCGCUUUACUGGGGUGCCGGAAAGGACGAGAGGCGCAACGAUGCCAUGGUAUGGAAGGGUGCCGUGUACAACACCACCAACAGCGAAGAUAUCCCCGUCAGCGUGAAGUUCGAGGGUGUUGAAGCCGGAGCCCGGGCCAACCUGACUAUCUUGACCAACUCUAUUGAUGACCCAUACGGAUAUAAUGACCCCUUUACUGGCGUCAACAUUGUCAACACUACCAACAUGAUCAUCACCGCGCAAAGCGAUGGUUCUUUCAAAUUCAUCAUGCCCGAGCUUAGUGUUGCUGUUCUGGAUACGGAUGUUGGUGGUGCUGGAAAUAGUACUGCGCAAUACCGGAGACAGCUGUCGAUAUAG